GAAAGUCAAGAAGACAUAUGGUACAUGCAGGAAUUUCUCCCCUGCUACAUGUCAGAUUCCAACACAACCAACUUCACCAACCUCUCCACCUUCAUCCUGCUGGGCAUUCCUGGCCUGCAGACAGCCCAAGUCUGGAUCUCCAUCCCCUUCUGCACCAUGUACGUCAUAGCCAUCUUGGGGAACUUCACCAUCCUGUUCAUUGUGAAGAGGGAGCCGAGCCUCCAUGAGCCCAUGUUGUAUUUCCUCUGCAUGCUGGCCAUCACCGACCUGAUCCUGUCCACUUCUGCCCUGCCCAAAAUGCUGAGCAUCUUCUGGUUCAAUUCCAGGGAGAUCAAUUUCAGUGCCUGCCUCACCCAGCUCUACUUCAUUCACUGCUUCUCAGUGAUAGAGUCUGGGAUUUUCAUGGCCAUGGCUUUUGAUCGCUACGUGGCCAUCUGUGAUCCCCUGAGGCAUUCCAUUAUCCUGACAAACCCCAUGGUGGCCAAGAUCAGCCUGGCUGUGGUGCUGCGUGGUGGCAUGCUCGUACUGCCCUAUCCCUUCCUGGCGAGGCAGUGGCCAUAUUGCAGAACCAACAUCAUCCCCCACUCGUACUGCGAUCACAUAGCCGUGGUGAAGCUGGCCUGCACCGACAUCCGCAUUAGUAGUUACUACGGCCUCUUUGUGGCAUUUUUGGUGACCGGUCUGGAUGUAUUUUUUAUUGCUGUGUCCUAUAUCCAGAUCCUCAGGGCCAUCUUGAGCCUAUCCACAAAGAAUGCCCGGCUGAAGACUUUUGGGACCUGCAGCUCCCACCUCUGUGUCAUCUUAAUCUUUUACAUCCCAUCUCUCUUCUCCUUCCUCAUGCACCGGUUUGGGCACAAUUUGGCCCUGCAUUUCCACAUUCUCAUUGCCAAUGUGUACCUCCUAGUUCCCCCCAUGCUAAAUCCCAUCGUCUAUGGGGUGAGGAUCAAACAGCUCAGGGAAGGUGUCCACAAGAUGUUCUCUUCACCCAAAUGUUACCCAUUUUCCUCUGCCCUCAAUGCUCUGAUUCCUUGACUGAUCCAGCCAGGUUGUCCUGAAGGAAAUGUUCUCUGAACCAGGCAGUGACAGUUUGGGUUCAGGGAGGUGGUUUGUCUCUUCCUUGGAAACUCUCUGUCUCCCCAUGCAUUUUGGUCCAUCUCUCACUUUCCUUUGUAACUUCACCCCCACCACCACAAAAACAGACACCUCUUUCUCUCUGACACUUUGAAUCUGCCUCCUGUGACACGCUAUACCUUGGGGAUUCCCCUGUAAACCCC